GCCGCCCCCUCCCCUCUGGUGUGUCUGCUGUUCGGACACUAAAGGAGAUGGAUGGGGUGGGGGAGACGUGGCGCGCGUGGCCCCGGGCGGCUCAUCACUCAGCCGCUGCCCGCCGCGGAGGGGCCGGCCAGGGGUCUGGCGGUAGAUAAAGCGGCCGCGGGGCGAGCGGCGGACAGCGCGGGUCGCGGCAGCAGCAUGAGCGGGACAGGCGCGAGCCACACCUCGGGCGCGGCCUCCGACUCGGACCCGGGCCGGGCGGCGGUGGCCUCGGCCUACCAGCGCUUCGAGCCGCGCGCCUACCUCCGCAACAACUACGCGCCCCCUCGCGGGGACCUCAGCAGCCCGGACGGCGUCGGGCCUUGGAAGCUGCGCUGCUUGGCGCAGACCUUCGCCACCGGCGAGGUGUCUGGAUGCACACUCAUUGACAUCGGUUCAGGCCCCACCAUAUACCAGCUGCUCAGCGCCUGUGCCCACUUUGAGGACAUCACCAUGACAGAUUUCCUGGAGGUCAAUCGCCAGGAGCUGGGGCUCUGGCUGCGGGAGGAGCCGGGGGCCUUCGAUUGGAGCACGUACAGCCAGCACGUCUGCCUCAUUGAGGGCAAGGGUGAGUCCUGGCAGGAGAAGGAGCGUCAGCUGCGAGCCCGGGUGAAGCGGGUCCUGCCCGUCGACGUGCACCAGCUCCAGCCCCUGGGCGCUGGGAGCCAGGCGCCCCUGCCUGCUGAUGCCCUGGUCUCUACCUUCUGCUUGGAGGCUGUGAGCCCAGACCUUGCCAGCUUCCAGCGUGCCCUGGACAACAUCACCACCCUGCUGAAGCCAGGUGGGCACCUCCUCCUCAUCGGGGCGGUGGAGGAGUCGUGGUACCUGGCUGGGGAGGCCAGGCUGGCGGUGGUGCCGGUGCGUAAGGAGGAGGUGAGGGAGGCCCUGGUGAAUAGUGGCUACGAGGUCCGGGACCUUCGCACCUACACCAUGCCUGCGCACCUCCGGACAGGUGUAGAUGAUGUCAAGGGCAUCUUUUUUGCCUGGGCCCAGAAGAAGGUGGGGGUGGGGUUGUGAGGGCCCAAUGUGCCAGUGCCCUAUGCCCCUAGCCAUGCAGAUUCCCUAUUCUGAGGUGGCGUCUAAUAAAGAAAUAAGUCCCUGC